AUGAGGGAUGCUCCUGUACAGCACUGGAAUUUGGGAAUAGGCCCAAUUACAUGCCAUGCUUGGAACAAGGACCGCACCCAAAUAGCCGUUUCUGCCUCAAGCAACGAAAUUCUCAUCUUUACUUGGAAAAAUGGUGAUUGGGUAAACACAUGUGCACUGACAGAGCACGAUCUCCCAGUCACAGGCCUUGACUGGGCCCCGAACACAAACAGGAUAGUGUCUUGCUCGAGAGAUAAAAAUGCAUUUGUAUGGACAUUCGAUAAAGGAGUUUGGAAGCCAGAAUUGGUUCUGGUCCGAUUUCAACGUGCCGCAACCUGCGUAAAAUGGUCGCCACAAGAAAACAAAUUUGCUGUCGGGAGUGGCUCCAAACUGGUUUCUGUCUGUUAUUAUGAAAAAGAAAAUGACUGGUGGGUAGCUAAACAAAUUCGAAAGCCAAUACGUUCAACCGUGAACUGCAUUGAUUGGCAUCCUAACAAUGUUUUGCUCGCCGUGGGAGCCUGUGAUUUUCGUGCGAGAGUAUUCUCGGCAUGGGUGAAGGAGGUCGAUGAAAAGCCAUCACCCAAUCCUUGGGGCUCAAAGAUGCCGUUCGGACAGUUGAUGACAGAGUUUCAAGUAUCUGGAUGGGUUCACCAUGUGUCGUUUUCUCCCUCUGGAUGCAGAUUAGCCUUCGUUGCUCAUGACUCCUCCAUAUCUUAUGUGGAUGCCAAUCGCGACAAUAGCGUAGCUCACACUCUUCGAACUAGUUGCCUUCCGUUCACUUCAGCAGAAUGGGUGUCUGAGAACAGCAUCGUUGCUGCAGGACAUGAUUGUUCCCCUGUUUUGUACACUGUCACUGAUAGUGGCUUGAAAGAAGUUUGUAAAUUGGAUGUUCCAUCAGAACAACGAGUUUCUUCUGUGAACUCAGCCCUGCAAAUGUUCCGCAAUAUUGACAGGAAUGCGGCUUCUGAGCAGGUUGAUGUCCAGCUGAAAACACUACAUCAAAACAUGAUAAAGCAAAUUUUACCACAUUCUGGCAGCAGAAAUAAUAUUCUCAAAAUCACGACAUGCGGGACCGAUGGUCUUAUUGCUUUAUGGGACUUGAAGGUAUUGAAACGUGUAGCAUUUUUAUCGUAA